AUGGCUGACAAUUAAUAAAAUAAUAUAGAGGUUUUAAGUGAGACAAAGAAAGAGGAAACUUCAAAUUAGAUAGAAGAUCAGAUAAAAUCCUCCCAGUCUCCCAGAAGUAUGCACAGCUUCCUCAGCAAUCAAUAAUUUUAACAACAGACUAAUCAGAAACUAUCAGGCACUAGUCUAGUGAGUGUAGGUGCAGGAGGAUACCAUCAACCUAAUACCCUCACAUUACCUAACGGGAUAGUCCCUCCUUCAGCCAGUUUUAGAGAAGCAUAUGCUGCUCAGUAUGCUCAAGCCAUAUACCCACCACCAAAUGUGGUUAAAAACAUUGCUCAAUUCCCAGGAUUGUAAUAUCCCGCAAAUUAAUAUGCUGCUUAGCUCUACCCACCACCUCAUCUCGCAGCCGUAUAAAAUCCCCUGACAAAGCAGACUAGUGAGGGACUAGGUUCAUCAGUUGUUGACACUCCUAAAGCCUAAACAUUACCAAUGGAUGCUCCAAGACAAUAUGCUACACCUCAGAACAUAUAUCCUCCCAAUUUCACUGGUAGACCUUAAGGAUAUGCAAUGAACUCUUAGCAUAUUGUUCCUAAUUCUGAAAUAUGCGGAGUUUGCGAGAAACCAGGUGGUAGCAUAAGAUGCAUAUCAGCAUGCAAAAAAUAUUUUCAUAAAGAAUGUACUGAGAAAAUGGCAGUAAAAACGAUACAUCAAUCUGACAAUACACAAUCACCUCACUAAAAAUCAAAUUCAUCAACAAAUAACAACAGUGCUAAUUACUAUAUUCAUUGUGAAAAUUGUCUGACCAGAAUACAGAAGUGCCAACAUUGUUAGCAAUAAGGUUAACUAGGCCUAUCAAUGAACAAAUGUGGAGAAAAAUAAAAUCUUCCAGAGAGUAUCAAAUCUCAAUUAAAGUCUCCAAUUUUCAUCUGUGGAUCCCAUCAUUGCCAUAAUUGUGCAGAGCCAUUUAGGACAGAUGAUUUAAUAAUUAGAUGCUUAAAAUGUGUUACAGCUUAUCAUGAAAAUUGCAAAGAAGGAACUCGAGUUCACUUUAUUACUCAGAAGCAAUUUAUUUGUGACACUCACAACUUAACCGAGAUCAAUACAAAAUCUAUUAACUAUUAAAAUACCAAUGGGGAGACUAUCGGCAGAGAAAGAUUAGGUUUACCUCCAAUUUCAUAAAUUAAACAGCAAUCUUUAUAAUAGAUAGGGGAAGAAUCAAAAGAAGCACCAGAUCUAUAAAAAUCAAAUGAGCAGCAAUAGAAAGACAAUGUAGCCUCCUAAGAUUAUUAGAAAAUGAGAUAAGGUUUAGGAUAAAUUUUGGAAUCAGGAGAGCUUCUUUAAGUCUAGAGACAAGGUGAAUAGGCCAAUCUUAACACUUCAAUCUUUAAAAAUACUUUAUAAGGCCCACCACAAGGACCUCCUCUUAGUACAUAAACGGCAGCUUAAUGGAAGAGACUUGACCCUAGUGAGACCAUGAGCUAAUAAAUGAUUGAAAGAGACAGUUUAGAAGAAUAACCAGAUAUCACUAAAACUCAGUAGGAGCAGGAAUAAUAAGUUAUUGAAAAAGAGAGUUAGGCAAAAGGUGAAUAAGAGGAAGAUGAGCAGAAAAAAUUAGCAAGAAUUAUUAAAAAAUACUAGAAAAUAGACUCAAUAAUUAAGAGGCAGAAGGUAUUGCAGGAUAAAAAAUACUAGCAAUUUAUCAAAUACUCAAAAGGGGAGCAUGACUAGAAUUAGUUAGUGCAAAUGUUCGAAUGA